CCGGCGACGUGCUGAGGGGCGGGAAGGCGCUGAGGGACGGUCCUGCCGCCAUGUCUGCCGGCGGGACGCUGAGCAUCCUGCGCAGUGAUUCCUACGCGGAUCUCAGUCAAUACCGGGACCAGCACUUUCGGGGGACGCGAUACGACCAGGAGCGGCUGCUGAGGAAGAGCUGUACGCUGUACGUGGGGAACCUCUCCUUCUACACCACGGAGGAGCAGAUCCACGAGCUCUUCGGCAAGAGCGGCGACAUCAAGAAGGUCAUCAUGGGGCUGGACAAAGUGAAGAAAACCGCAUGCGGCUUCUGCUUCGUGGAGUAUUAUGCAAGAGGAGAUGCUGAAAAUGCAAUGCGAUACAUCAAUGGAACCAGACUUGAUGACAGGAUCAUAAGGACAGACUGGGAUGCAGGAUUUAAGGAGGGUAGACAGUAUGGUCGUGGAAGAUCAGGGGGCCAGGUCCGAGAUGAAUAUCGGCAAGACUAUGAUGCUGGAAGAGGUGGCUAUGGCAAAACUGUUCAAUGCCAGUGAAUAGUGAAUGACUCAUCAGCCUCACAGGAGAACUAAAUCUGCAUUGUAAAUGUCAUGAGGCACAAAGUAGGUCUGUUGCAUACAAAUUUACGUAGCCAGAAUUUCACAGAAACUACUAUCCAUGUUCCUGUGAUCACAUAGUAUGUUCAAUAUCUCUUCUGUUUUAAUACCCAGAUUCAAAGCAUUGCAGGGUACAUUAAUAUAGAGGACUUGGGAGCGAGGUUUUAAGCAAUAGUAGGAGUGAGACUUUGGUCUCUAAAUGCUGCUGUAACUCUACUAAAAGGAACAAAGUUUCAACACUAUGGUGCUUUUUUUCACUGGCAAGACUUGAUUAUUCUGUCACUGGGUUUAGUUUACAUUGGUAUCACAGGGUGGAGAGUGGUGAUUUAGGAGGAUUAGUGUAUAUUUCAGAGAUGAAAGAAAAAGUCAAAGAACCCAAAAAGGAAGUGGGAUUUCUAGGGAAAUUUUUAAGUUUCUAGGGAAAACGUAAUUGCAGAUUUUCUGGGGUUUCUGGAUUACUGUACUUUUACACUGAGGCUGUUCCUAGCACAGCUACGUGAGUGGCCACAAUAAGACAAGUCAGAUUGAGCCCAAAAAUCAUAAAGUGAGAAGCAAGCCUGGCAGAGCAGAACAGACCCUUGUGAUCUUCUACAAAGUAUAAUGUUAUUGCACGACAUUGUAUGGUUCAGAACCAUUUUGCUUUGUGGGGUACGGAGAACAGCAAGUGUAAGGAUUGUAGUAGCAGUUAUUUUCACGGUUGGAGUAGUAGUAUUUUGCUCCCGUCUCGUAGCUCUCUACAGCCUUAAUAUUUGAGGAACAAUAUCUUUCCUGUGCCUACAAGGGUGGGAUGAAGCCAAGCUUUACAGUAAGCCCCAAAAAUGGGCCGUUUGAAGAAUUGUAUGUAUAAUGAGAAUUUUUUUUUUUUUUCAAACUAGAUUUUCUAUUUGAGAAACCUGAUUUCAGACAAAGCUAAAAAUAAAAAAAAGCUGGGUCUUGGGAGGAGCCUUAGUUUCUACUGAGCAUGUGGUAAGAAAGGUAGAAGAAUUGCAGGACUGUGUAGAUUCCCCUCACGCCCGUUGGAUCUUAUUAAUGCUGCUAAUUUAUAUGGUGGGAUUUUGAUGUACUGCACGUAUAGGGAUAAAAAUAAUAAGUGAUGCUAAGAUCUGUGAAAUUGAUCUGCUGAAAUGAAAUAGUUUAAAAGGAACUGUUGCAGGGCUUUGGAUUUAUUUUUUUUAAUGGACCUCUGAGUUCUUUGGAAAUGGUAAUUCAUAAAAUAUUGCCCAAAUACCUAGUUGUCCGUGACUCCUUAAAAAACUUUAUAAAGUACCAGGUAUGUAAAAGUUGAUGUUUACUCACUGAAAAUAUUGUUGGAAAUCUCGUUGUGCUUCUGGUGUAUGCUUUGUCACAAACUGGAAAUACAGUGAGGUGGAACAACUACUAUGAGCCUUCGCUUAAUUAGGAAGCAAGGUGUUGGGUGGGCUUCGUUUUUUUUGGCACAUAAAGUAAAACUAGAUUUUCAGGAUCACUUGGUGCUGGUGUGCAAACAAGACUUUGAACAAAGUUACCUUUUUAUAUAUAGUACAUUUAAUUAUGAGUUUACAGCCUGUAAUCUGCUCUAGGAAACCUCUGAAGUUUUUUUCAUUGUAUCAAUUUUGUAUAAAAAAUUGUGUUACCAAAAAUCAAAGUCAUUUUCAAAUAAAGCUACAACAUUAAAAUGGA